UUCCUCUCCCUUUCAAUGGAGAGUGACAGUAUAGAUCAAUAAUGAGGACCAGCCCUCGCAGGCCUUUAAUUCUCAAAAGACGGAAACUGACCCUCCCACAGAAGGUUGAAUCCAGUACUGCAGCAAGAGAUGAGAACAGCAGUCAGGAUGAAAAGACUCCUAAGCAGGAGCACAGCCAGGAGGAUCAACACAACAGACAGCCCAGAGACAAAAGGGACUGUGGCCUGCAGAAAUUCCCAACGGGAAUAAAGAUAAUUGACCAUCCUACCAUGCCCAACACACAAGUGGUAGCCAUCCCUGCAAACGCUGAUAUCCAGAGCAUCAUCGAGGCACUGACGGCAAAAGGCAAAGAAUGUGGCAACAAUGGGCCCAACAAGUUCAUUCUCAUUAGCAGUGGGGGCACGUCCCGUUCAAUCCUAUCAGAGAAGAAAGCCAGUGCAGCAACCAAGCCUGCAGAUGGUCAAGAAACAGAGAAGAAUGUUACACAGACACCUGUUCUCACAGGCAGGACAACACUCUGGCAUUCGGGAGUGGAUUCUGUCAUUGAACAGGAACAGGAGAACAGCAGCAGUGGUGAGACAAUGAGCUCUGCAUUGGACAAUAGUCUCACUAACAUCCAGUGGCUGGGGAAGAUGAGAUCUGAUGGGCUAAAUCCCUGUUCUGUGAAGCAAGACACAGAGAAAGAGAACCAGAUGCCUCUGCAGGAAAGAAUCAAGACUGAAGAAGAGUCGUCUGCUGCUGCUAUUCCUACUGCAGCUGCCUCCUCUUCAUGGCAGGAUUCAGUGUCAGAACGACCUCCUUACUCCUACAUGGCCAUGAUCCAGUUUGCCAUCAACAGUACUGAGAAGAAGCGUAUGACUCUGAAGGACAUCUACACCUGGAUUGAGGAUCAUUUCCCUUAUUUUAAACAUGUAGCUAAGCCAGGUUGGAAGAACUCCAUUCGGCACAACCUGUCCCUUCAUGAUAUGUUUAUCCGUGAGACAUCUGCUAAUGGUAAAAUCUCGUUCUGGACUAUUCACCCCGAUGCAGAUCGUUGCCUAACGUUGGACCAGGUAUUUAAGCCACUGGACGUGGGGUCAGCAACAUCGCCUGAGUGCUCUGAAUCACCAAAGAAUCAUCUUCCAGAUCACCCAAAGAAUAUGGGAAGCAAAACUGAACCCCCACAUUCACGCCGGAAGAUGAAGCCUUUGCUUCCUCGCAUCAACUCCUACCUGGUUCCGAUCCAAUUUCCUUUGAGUCAGCCUCUUGUCUUGCAGCCUUCUAUAAAGGUUCCUGUAUCCGUGGCACAGGGAGCAUCCCUUAACAGCUCAGAGACUUUGCAGAGCAAUAAGCGAGUGCGCAUCACUCCAAAGAUGACACUGUCUACAGAAGAGUCACCCUCUUUAUCCAUGGCUACUGUCAAGGAGGAGGAGGGUCAAUAUGAUGAAGGUUUAUUUUCCCCAACCCAUUCCCUAAAGGAGAACAGUUCCCAGCAUGGUGAGGAAUUGGCUGCUUUUCCUGAGGGAGUCUGUGUAAAGGAGGAAGAAGACUCUCAGCUGGAUGAUUGGCUGCCCCCAUUUGGCGCAACUGUAACGGUAAAGGAAGAGCCAGGUUUGUUCCUCCCAGACUCAUCCGCAAAGGCAAGGAAACAAUUCACCACACUGAAGUCACCAUCUAAGGCUGUUUCUGACUCAUUAGUUAUAAAGAGGCGCGAAAGGCGGGAAGUGGGCAGAUCCAGAAGGAAACAACACCUAGCACUGCCUCGCUCAGAAGAGCCUGUCCUAGUUUUGCCAGAAAGCAACAGCUUUGACCCUUUCCAGUUAGGGGCAGACCAUUCCUCCCUGCAGGAAAGCCAACUGCUUGAGAAUGUAUCCGAGCUCAGCUGCUCACAGGGAGAAGAGGGAGCCUUUAAAACACCAGUCAAGGAGAUGUUCAGCAAAUUGCCGGAUUCUUCCACUCCUAGCAAAGUCUCGGACACUACUAUCCCCUUGCCAGAGGGCCUUGACCCCUGGAAGUCUGCAUCCUUAGCCAAGGGAAGUCAUGAGCUGGACUUCAGUCCAGUGAAAACCCUUCAGUUACCAUUCACAGCCCUACAGGACAACCAGGACUUGCUGGGUUUUAACAGCACACCUCUUAAAAAUCCCCUCUUUGAGUCCCCUCGGGAGCUGCUCAAUACAGAAUCCAGUGAUAUGGUGCAUUGUCCCCUCACAAGCUCUCCAGGAUUUUUUCAUGAGUCUACUAAGCAAUCAUCUGUUGAACUGACAGCUUCUGGCUUUACUGAAAACCGGUCGCUCAUGGAGGGGCUUAUCCUGGACACCAUGAAUGACAGCCUGAGCAAAAUUUUUCUGGAUAUCAGCUUUCCUGGUCUUGAGGAUGAAAAUUUAGGAACGGACAUUAGUUGGUCUCAGCUCAUGCCCGAACUGAAGUAA